UUUAUUUUCAAAUGAAAAAGAUUAUUAAAUUAAAAUAAAUAUUUGUCUGACUAGUACUAUGCAACUGAUAUGUCACGCGGUGGAGCACGCAGAGAGGGCUGGGGUAGUGCAGAAGCUACAGAGAUGGUUUUGAACAAUUUAUUUUACAUAACUGCCAAGUUUUCGGAUGAACAUCCUAAAGAGACGGAGGAACUUUGGGCAACUUUAUGUGGUUGUUGGCCUAACAAUUUAAAAGUAAUUAUUCGUUAUUUAAUUAUCGUCUCAGGAAUGGCGCCACAAGAACUUCUUCCAUAUGCGAAGCGCGUUGUCUUGUAUUUAGCAAGGGCUCGACCAGAUCGUUUAGUUGAUGAGAUGAUGACUGAAUUGCAAACAGUCGAAACAUUGAAUUGUUUAAUCGAAAGAACUGAAACACCACCUUUCUAUAGAUUGACUAGUAUGAGAAAAGCUUCUUCUCACAGCGAUGCUCCAGUUGUUGAUCCUGGAAAUCCUCCGCGUGAUUUGGGUGUUGAAAAGGGUACCAUACAUACCAAAAGACAUUCAGGCGAAGAUCCUGUUAAAACCGGUUCGAAAUCGGAUACUGCAUUACGGGCACUCGCUGGAUUUCAAACCCCAAGGGCGGAAAAAACAAGGACUGCGAGCGGUCCGCCAGUUCUUCCGGAUGAUUUGUCCACUCCUACAACAGAAGCCGAGUUGACUACAGACGAAUCUUGUUACGGCACACGGAACGGAUCCGUAGGAGUAAAUGGCAAAAUUUCAUGCAGUGGAGAAAAGUUCGAUAUUCCACAGCCACAUCCUUUACCAAUGCCUGAGUACGGUGGAUAUUUUGCUCCUUUGACGGAGUACUUACCAGAUAGUUCACAGCCUAUAAGUGGAUUCCAUAGAUGCAACAUUGCCGUUAUGUUGCUGACUGACGUUGUUGUCGAUGGCAUACAACUUGACUGGGCUAUCCAUGUUCCUUUAAUGUUGCAUAUAGUUUUCCUUGGCUUGGACCAUUCAAGACCUCUUGUAAGGGAUCAUUGUCGUUGUCUUUUAUUAAAUCUGUUGGUUGUUCUCGGGGAUCAUCGAGAUCAUCUCGGCGUAGCACGGGUACUAUUAGCAUCAAAAACUGAACAAUUGGGCUUAGGUCUCUCUACUCCUGCUUUACCAAUACUCGAGCACAACUUCACUGAGGUUGAUCCAGAAUUUGACAGUUAUCUGUACGGCCCACCUCCAGCACCACCUCCUACAACGCCACCCCCGUCAUCAUCACCGCCACCACCGUCUUCUUCUCCUCCUCCUCCACCUCCUCCUCCACCACCACCACCUCCACCACCCCCGCCACCCGAAUCCUCCAUAUUCAAUGCAACACCUCCACCGCCACCACCUCCACCUCCUCCACCACCGUUUCCAUCUUCUAAUAAUGGAACACCUAUUCAUUCGCCUAUUCCUAACUCAACAUCUACUCCUCCAUUAUCGAUGAAUCACAUGAAUCAAUCAGUUAUGGACAACUAUAACAAAGAUUAUUCGAAUUCUCAUGCAUAUGAAUCAUCAACAUGCAACAAUUGGCCUCCAACAUCAAAUUCAGCGAAUACAGUACCACCUGUUAUUGUCACACCAGAAGAUGCAAAUAACUGGGUUGGUCCACAACCAGGUCCGAAUAUGCCUAUCCAAGAUGUAAUUAAAUCUUUGAUCAAUUUUUUGGCUUCUCGUAUAAAUCAACCAUUAUGGAACUAUGAAGACAUGACUGCCAAAGUAUGGUGGGUUCGCAGUGCUGAACAAUUAACAGUAUUAUUGCGACAUGUAUUAAGAGUUUUUAGAGAUUCCUUACCCCACGCUCUGGUUAGUCAACGUUGGGCGCAAACUGCAUUACAAUUAGGCCUAUCUUGUUCAUCUAGACAUUAUGCAGGAAGAUCUCUUCAAGUAUUUAGAGCAUUACGAGUUCCUAUUACAUCUCGAAUGUUAUCUGAUAUUUUGUCUAGAUUAGUAGAAACAGUUGCCGAGCAAGGAGAAGAUAUGCAGGGGUAUGUGACUGAAUUAUUAUUAACACUUGAAGCAGCUGUCGAUUCGCUAGAAUCCGAUUUCCGACCUUUAGAUUUUAUGAAGGAAAUAUUCAAAUCUACUCCAAAUCUAAAUAAUAAAGAUCCAGCUUCGGGUGGAUUAAUUGGAGGAAAACGAAGUCCAGGAGGAGGUAAUGGAUAUCCAACAGGUCCAUAUAUGUUCUCUCACUUAAAUCAAGGUGGUCAUACAAGAAGUACUAGUUACUCAGUCAGUUACUGCAUGAAAAAAUCAAGUGGCGGUAACUCAGUAGCAAGUGAAAUAAAAGAAUUAGAUAACAGAUGUAAUAAAUAUCCCAAUUCUAAUCUUUCGCGAUCAAGAUCAGCUCAAUCUUUAAAAUUAUUGGGUGAUUCAGCAACACAAGAUGAUAAAAUGACUAUUUUGGCGCAACUAUUUUGGUUAUCAGUGUCUUUACUUGAAUCAGACUAUGAGCAUGAAUUUCUUUUGGCAUUGAGACUACUUAGUCGCGUACUUCAUAGAUUGCCUUUAGAUCGACCAGAUGCUAGAGAUAAAGUUGAAAAAUUACAACAACAACUAAGAUGGAAUUCGUUCCCUGGUGUACAUGCAUUAUUAUUAAAAGGAUGUACUAGUCCCAAUACAUAUGAACCCGUCGUAACAUUAUUAUCUCAGUUUACUCCAUUAUUGGAUUUGCCAGUUGUCGAUCCUACUCAAAGUCUCGCAUUUCCGAUGAAUGUUGUAUCACUACUCCCCUAUAUGCUUUUAAAUUAUGAAGAUGCUAAUGAAUUGUGUAUUAGAAGUGCAGAAAAUAUUGCACAAGUGAGUGCCGAAAAAGGAAAGAAAUUAGAAAACUUGGGUACUGUCAUGACGUUAUACAGUCGACGUACUUUUAGUAAAGAAAGUUUUCAGUGGACUAAAUGUGUUGUUAAAUAUUUAUAUGAUACAUAUGCUCAUCUGAGUUUUAAUAUGCUUGCUUUCCUAGUUGAAGUAUUAGAGAAAGGUCCAGGAAGUGUGGCAUUACCUGUGCUCAGUAUUAUACACUGUAUGUUACAUUAUGUUGAUUUAGCUUCGCAAGCAGCGCAACCAAUCAACACUGAACUUCUGAGAGUGAUUUCAAAAUAUGUUGAGGGUCCUCAUUGGAAAGAAGCUCUUAAAAUAUUGAAGCUAGUAGUAACAAGAUCGUCUACAUUAGUAGCACCACCUACGUCAGUGCAUGGAUCAUCUUGGGAAUCUUCAAUAGCAUCUCCUCAUCCAAGUUUCACUGAUACCGAGAUGUUCACAAAAAAAGAAUUACCUGGGAGGACUAUGGAUUUCACGUUUGAUUUAUCACAAACACCGGUAAUCGGUAGACGAUGGUUAAUACGUCAAGGCGUCGAAGAAAAAUCACUCAGCUCUCCUCGAUGUUCAUUAUCUCUUUCACCAGCUGACAGUAAUGCGGUUUCUGGUUGGAAAAGACCAUGGAUGUCACAGGGUCGCGUUAGAGAAUGUUUGGUAAAUCUUCUAACAACAUGCGGUCAACGAGUUGGAUUACCAAAGAGUCCAUCUGUGAUAUUCAGUCAAAGUUCGGAUCUAAUGGAAAGACAAUCAUCUAUGGCUUCUUCAACAGAAGAAGUUUCUGGUGCAAAUAAUGAUUUAAGUGGAGGAUCUAGAAGAGACGACGAACAAUUUGGCGUAUUUAAAGACUUCGAUUUUCUUGAAUAUGAAAGUGAAAGCGUUGAGGGUGAAAGUACCGAUAAUUUCAAUUGGGGAGUAAGACGCCGUCCUCUUAGCGAAGGAGAAGAAAGAGAACCAAGUCUAAGACAAUUUGAAGAAAGUUUAAGUGAGAAGACUCAGUCAUCUAGUAAACACACCAGUCGACGUGGCGUUGCGGAAGAAUCGUCAGAUGAUGAAGCUGGUUCAGAAUCACCAUUAGAUGAAGUACCUGGCGGAUCUGGAACAGGACAGGAAGUUAAUAAUAUCCCUGGAAUGUUCCCACCAUCUUCCUUAUCUUUAAUACCUAGUCGUACACGUCAUGACUCUUCAACAAGGUCUGACACAUCUGGCUCUAGCGCAGGAGAUUUAGGAGAUGUAACACCUUGUAAUGCAUCACCAAAUUUAUCAGCGUUGAUGCCUUUUAGACAAGUUGCAAGAGAUGACGCAGAAGAAAUUUGGCGGCAACAGAUCCAAAAUUUAAUCACUCAGUCUCUUUACAAUACUUUAGAUUUUUUCCAGUUAUUGAGCAGAAUACUACGGGAUGUAAGCAGUAAAUCGGUUACCCUUACAAGAGAAGCUAGUGCCUUAUUGUGUAACGGCAGUCCUGCUUCCACUCAAUUAGGCUAUCAUUUAUCUAGUCAUGCAGAAUUACUUAGUUCAAAAGCUGAACCACCUUUAAUUUGGUUCUCGAUUGCUAUUUUCGCAAAUCAAAGAUUAAAUGAAUCAUUGCGAUUUGGAAUGUUAGAAAUUCAAGAACAUCUUGAAACAUUUCUUGAUAAAAAAGAUCAUGCUACUGAAUGUUUGGAAGCAGCCAAAGCAGCUGCAAAACUCCAAGCAUUAGGUGGCAGUCACACAACAGAGGCAGGUCUUGAAGAGAUACUGUUAGACCUAGGCAGAGCACUCUAUAAACUUCAUCUUCAAUUAUUAUUAUUAAUCGAAGCUUCAAAUAAGAUGCUAGCAACUCUCAUAAGCGCUGCAAGAAACGUACAGAUUCCGCUUCAAGACAUAUCCGCAGAAAUUGCGAAUAUGAAAAUUGCUUUGAGUAGAGCACUGGAAGAAAGUACAGAGAGUGAAAGAGGAACACCGACUCCAACGCCUAGUCCUAGUCCUUUGCCCGGCACUGGUGCCGUGGAAGAAGUUGCUCGUGUUGCAGAACUACUUAGAAACGCACGAUGGUGUCCUGCUCUUGAAGCUGUAAGACUGCAUAGAGCUCAAUGGCCAGGAGAUCCUUUUCAUGAUGAUGAUGAUGUAACGACUGCUGUUAAUAUGUAUUGCAAAUACUUAGGACAAGAUAGAUCUGAUAUUUUUGUGGUUACACGAAAGGACGAUGAAAUGUCAGAAAUAUUUAGUAGACUAAUGGAAAGUUUAUUUCAAGUUUUAGCGGCUGUUACAGGCUUAGAAGCUUCAACAAAAGCAGUACGAGGUCAACAUGAUCAUCCUAAUAAUACGAAAAAUGACUGUUAAUUUAUAAAUUUUAAUGUUAUAUUAUAUUGUAGACAGUUAUUUGUCUAAAUUCAAGUCUUCAUAUAAUUUAA